UACUCUGCUAAAAAAACUUCAGAUAAUUUCCAAAGAGAAGGAACUAAAGAUGGCAAAUCCUGCUUCUACAGCCCAAAUCCCAGAGGUGGUGCUUGGCUCCUCCACUGGCCCCAAGAGCAUGCCUGUGCUUGCCUUUGGCACAGCAGCUAAUAACUUACAGCCUAUUCAGUUGAAAACAGCAGUUCUUGAGGCCAUCAAGCUUGGUUACAGGCACUUUGAUACAGCUGCCGUUUAUGGCUCAGAGCAGCCUCUGGGUGAAGCUAUCAAAGAAGCACUUAAGCUUGGCCUUGUUGCUUCCAGAGACCAACUCUUCAUCACUUCAAAGCUUUGGAGCAAUGAUGCUCACCCUCAUCAUGUCAUUCCUGCCCUCAAGAAAUCACUUGAGAAUCUUCAACUGGAGUACCUUGACCUGUAUCUCAUCCACUGGCCUAUCAGUGCCAAGCCGGGAAAAUUUGUGUUCCCACUAGUUGACGUUAUGCCAAUGGACUUCAAGGGUGUGUGGGCAGCCAUGGAAGAAUCUCAGAGACUUGGCCUCACCAAAUCAAUUGGAGUCAGCAAUUUCACUUGCAAAAAGAUUGAAACUUUACUCUCUCAUGCUACCAUUCCUCCCUCGGUCAAUCAAGUGGAGAUGAGCCCAUUCUGGCAACAGAAGAAGCUAAGAGACUUCUGCAAGGCCAAUGGUAUAGUUGUGACUGCCUUCUCUCCUUUGGGCGCCAAGGGAACCAGCUGGGGAUCCAACCAUGUUAUGGAAAGCAAAGUGCUUCAGGAUAUAGCAGAGGCUCGAGGAAAAACAGUUGCUCAGGUUUGUAUUAGAUGGGUGUACCAGACAGGGGCAACUCUUGCUGUUAAGAGCUACAACAAGGAGAGGUUGAAGCAGAAUCUGCAGGUGUUUGACUGGGAGCUAUCAGAAAAUGACCUUCACAAGAUCAAUCAAAUCCCACAGCACAAAAUGGUUACCAGGGGAGAACUGGUUUCGGCUGACGGACCAUACAAAUCCCUUGAAGAAUUAUGGGAUGGAGAGAUUUAGGCCCGAAAUGAAAACCAACCCUUGUUAUGUAACAUGUUUGCGUGCAUGUGCAUCCAAAUAAAGCCGCCAGGGCUUAUCUCCUAAUAGGACUCUUAUGAUUUAUGAUCUAUUUUCACAUACCCCAUCAUUAGUUUCCUUGGUUUGAAUAAAAUUAUAGAAACCAAAUAAAAAAGAAAGAGAUUUGAUGAUCA